AGCAAAAAAAACCACCAAAGAAAAACACACAAAAAUUGUUUUCUUGGAGAAAAGGGCAACACAACACAACACAAACCAUCUAAUCUAAUAAUAAAUCUGUAAACAACAAUCUGAUCCAUAAUUAUAUAAUCAAUCAAUAUAUAAUUUUUAAUAUAGAGAAAGAAGGAGGAGAUGGAUUACGAGUUGAGAAGGGCUCGAGAGAAAUUGGAGAAAGAGCAAAGAGAUAGAAAAGAAGCAGCAAAGAAACGGAUUGAAAAGGAGAAGAAAGCAAAACAAGAAGCUGCGAGUCGACGUGAAGCCAUUGAAGCUGCUCAACGAUCUCGCAGAAUCCAUGCCAUUGAAUCCCAGCUUAAGGCAGAGCAGCAGAUGGAAGAAGAUAUAUUUGCCGGGAGAGGAAUUUCUUUCAACCGUGUGCUAGAAGCUGUACCUUUCGAGGGUGCUGGAGAUAAGAUCAAACUGCCAGCUUCCUGUUUUAACGAUUUAUCUAGUGAAGGUGCUUUUGAAAAAGGUCCUCUCCAUUUUCAGCUGUCGGUAGUUCAGCAAAAUGAGUCAUCACAAUCGCAAUCAGUACCUGUUGAAAGUAUACACCGAGGGUCAACCCAUGCAGGGGUGUUGGAAUUCACUGCAGAAGAAGGUACUGUUGGGAUCCCUCCUCAUAUUUGGAAUAACUUGUACUCGAAACAAGACCCGAUGACUCCUUUAGUUGAAGUUAAGUAUGUGUGGCUAGCAAAAGGAACAUAUGCAAAGCUUCAAUCCGAAGAACUUGGGUUCUCGGAUAUACCCAACCAUAAAGCUGUCCUUGAAACAACUCUUCGCCAACAUGCAACCCUUUCUCAAGACGAUGUUUUGACUGUCAAACAUGGUGUGUUGACUUAUCAUCUGCGUGUGCUUGAACUAAAACCGUCAUCAAGCGUAUCUGUCCUUGAAACAGAUAUUGAAGUCGACAUCAUGGGUCCUGAUUCACUUCCUGAGAAAAGCAGUCAGCAUGUGCUGAAGCCACUAACUUUUGGGAAAUCUGAAUCUGGUGUUAUCAAUGAAGGAGAAUACACCUACUACAAAUUUUCAAUAGAUAAUGACAUUUGGAGUAUAAUUAAAUCCGGGGAUGCUGAAGUUGAAGUGAAGUUGGAUUCAGAGGCAAAAGAUGGGGAUACCGAUCUCUAUCUUUCACAACACCCACUGUUAUUUCCAAAUACGCACCAACAUGGUUGGUCUAGCCAUGACGUGGGUUCCAAGUGUUUGGUUCUCAGCUCAAAAGACAACAGCUUAGGUGCAGGUAUUUAUAGUGUCGGUGUGUAUGGCUUCAAAGGGACUACAAAAUACAAUCUCUUGUUAACCGUACAAGAUACUUCUAACACAAAGGCCGGCCAACAACCUGCAGCGUCUUCUACAAACUUGUCAACAGCAGAUACAGUAGAGUGCAGCAAUUGCAAACAUUUUAUACCAUUAAGAACAAUAGCACUUCAUGAGGCCUAUUGCAGAAGACAUAAUGUUAUCUGUCAACAUGCUGAUUGUGGUAUUGUCCUUCGGACUGAAGAGGUCAAGAACCAUGUGCAUUGUCAGAAAUGUGGACUAGCUUUUCACAGUGGAGAGAUAGUAAAACAUACGAAAGUGUUUCAUGAGCCGCUACGUUGUGGGUGUGGGGUCAUCCUUGAGAAGACAGAAAUGGUGCAACACCAGUCCUCAGAGUGUGCCUUACGUCUUGUGACAUGUCGAUUUUGUGGGGACAUGGUCCAAGCUGGUUCUUUAGCCGUGGAUACACGAGAUCGGUUGAGAGGACUUUCAGAACAUGAGAGUAUUUGUGGAUCAAGAACUGCCCCAUGUGACUCCUGUGGUCGGUCUGUUAUGCUGAAAGAAAUGGAAAUUCAUCAGGUAGCUGUCCAUCAGAAGAAUUGAUACCAUUGUGGUUAUAUAUAUAAUUCUUUUCAAAUGUAACAAGGGGCUUUCAGUUAUGUAAAUGGAUGUUUUUAGUAUCUGUUCUUUGUUUGAGCUAAUGGUUUAUACACGAGCCGUAUGGGUUAUCUCUCAAUUCCUUAAAUUUAAGCCCAGCAGGAGCCCAUAAAAGGAAAUUGUCAUGCGUCAGCGACAUGUAAUUGAAUUAUUCUUUAAUGUUAAUUGGGUGGUUUUUCGUUUA